AUGAACUGUCGGGGUCAGAACUCGGUACCUAGCGGUCAAGGACUUAUUAAUGAAAGUCCUCAAGGCAGAGCUGCCACUCGCCCCCGGGCUUUGGCCUCGGAGGCAAAGCCUUCUCGAGACUGCCGCCUGGGCUGGGAAUCGCACCCUGGAGUCCCAGGCGGCCGGACCCCGCCCCCCAUCCCCAGGCACGCUCCCCAGGGGAACUUCCCUAGCAAGGGAGCUGAAGGCUCGAGGUCCCGGAAGCCGUGGCGCGCUCGGGACUUCCCGAUCCCGCGUCUGCCCGCGUCACCCCUGUCGCCCCCGCCCCGAGGGCCACCCGGCUCGGCGUCGACUCAGCCGGGGUCCCGCCCGCCGCCAGCCGGCUGGGGCCGCAGCAGCCUCGCGCUUCCGCCCGGCCCCUCCCACCGCCUGUUUCGCCCCUCCUCCCCCGGGCCGCGCGUCCUCCGGCGCAGGUUCAAUCCCCGCCGGGACCCGGAGCGCCGCGGCCCGUUGGCGCCCUCGCUCCGCACGCCCUGGCAGCCGAGCCCCGGCCCCGGGUGUGUGCGCGCCGCCGGCACCUCUCCGGGGCGGCCGCGGCGGGCUGACUGGGCGUGCUCGGGAGCUGGGCGGCCGGGCGCCGCGGGAGACGAGCGCAUGCCUUCGCGGGGUGGGACGCCCGCCGUCCAGGGGCGCCACGCGCAGGCGGCCGCUGUCGCCGACGCCCUGGCCAGCCUGGGCAGGACGCGGGCCAGGAUGGCCUCGCUCACGGCAUACGGUAACGGCGGGCGGUCGCGGGCUCUCGGGGCUCCGGGGGCGGGCAGGACCCGGGAGCCGUCUGAUCACCCCGGGAAACUUCGGGGUUCGGCUCCCGGGAGGGUCUGGAAGGGAGGGCGCCGGCUGCGGCGCGCGCUGGCCUGCGGCUGGGGGACCGAGGCUGCCUGGAACCUGGGAAAGGGGGACAAAGAUAUAAGCAGUGGGAGUUACAACCUUUCCUCCGCAACGACGGGCAGCUACUACAGUUGUGUCAGCCAGAUCACCAUAGGUUACGACGUUGCUGGGCCUGUUGCAGUUGGGCUCACCCACUGGAAAAAUCCAUAUGCACAAGGCAGACCCACCCUCCCAUCAGAUCUGCCUCUCUUCGUCUCCAAAGAUGCAGGCAUCCCGGUAUAUCAGCGAUCCCUCACUCGCAAGACUGAGCUGGCCACGCCUCUGUCUUGCCCAGCCUCACUGUCCAUCACUCCAGUGCCUUCUUACAGCAGCAGCAGCCAGGAAACCCUGAGCCAAGACACAGCAGGUUUAAGUUUAUCUCUUCAUGGGGCUGAAAAGCGUUUGCAAAUCCACCAACGGCGAAGUGUGGCGAGCCGCCCAGGGUCACGUCGCCUGCCUGUGGUCAGGCAUUCCUCACUCCCACCAGGCAGAAGGUCAAUAAAAAUGGAGGCAAAGUCUUCUGGAAUCACUAAUGGGAAAACCAAAGUCUUCCACCCAGAAGGAGGUGUGGAUUUGCAAAGCUACCAGCUGGAUAUGCAAAUACUACCUGACGGGCCAAAGAGUGAUGUGGACUUUUCAGAGAUUCUUAAUGCAAUACAAGAAAUGGCCAAGGAUGUCAAUAUUCUUUUUGAUGAAUUGGAAGCUGUCAACAGUCCUUGCAAAGAUGACGAUUCUCUCCUUCACCCUGGAAACCUGACCAGUACUUCAGAUGAUGCUAGCAGAUUGGAAGCAGGGGGAGAGACAGUACCAGAAAAAAACAAAUCAAAUGGACUUUACUUCAGAGAUGGAAAGUGUCGAAUUGACUACAUUCUUGUGUACAGAAAAUCCAACCCCCAGAUGGAAAAGAGAGAAAUAUUUGAAAGAAAUAUUAGAGCAGAAGGAUUACAAAUGGAGAAAGAGUCCUCUCUAAUAAAUAGUGACAUUAUCUUUGUGAAGUUGCAUGCCCCAUGGGAAGUGCUCGGAAGAUACGCAGAACAAAUGAAUGUAAGAAUGCCUUUCAGGAGAAAAAUCUAUUACCUGCCCCGCCGGUACAAGUUCAUGAGCAGGAUCGAUAAACAAAUAAGCAGUUUUCGGAGAUGGUUACCUAAGAAGCCAAUGAGGCUGGACAAGGAGACACUGCCAGACCUGGAGGAGAAUGACUGCUACACUGCCCCUUUCAGCCAGCAAAGGAUCCACCACUUCAUCAUACACAACAAAGACACUUUCUUCAACAAUGCCACGAGAAGUAGAAUUGUACAUCAUAUUUUACAAAGAAUAAAGUAUGAAGAAGGAAAAAACAAAAUUGGUCUGAAUCGUUUGCUUACUAAUGGCUCCUAUGAAGCUGCAUUUCCUCUGCACGAGGGAAGGUACAGAAGUAAAAACUCCAUUAGAACCCACGGAGCGGUAAACCACCGCCACCUGCUCUAUGAGUGCUGGGCCUCCUGGGGCGUGUGGUAUAAAUACCAGCCUUUGGAUCUUGUAAGGCGGUACUUCGGAGAGAAGAUUGGGCUGUAUUUUGCCUGGUUGGGCUGGUACACCGGCAUGCUCUUCCCAGCCGCUUUCAUUGGAUUAUUUGUCUUUUUGUAUGGAGUCAUAACUCUGGAUCACUGCCAAGUCAGUAAAGAAGUCUGCCAAGCUACAGAUAUCAUCAUGUGUCCUGUGUGCGAUAAAUACUGUCCGUUCAUGAGGCUGUCAGACAGCUGCGUUUAUGCCAAGGUAACCCACCUUUUUGACAAUGGAGCCACUGUCUUCUUUGCUGUUUUCAUGGCAGUCUGGGCGACAGUUUUCCUGGAGUUUUGGAAAAGACGCAGAGCAGUAAUUGCUUAUGACUGGGAUUUGAUAGACUGGGAAGAAGAGGAGGAAGAAAUACGGCCCCAGUUUGAAGCCAAGUAUUCCAAGAAAGAGCGGAUGAAUCCCAUUUCGGGAAAACCAGAACCAUAUCAAGCAUUUGCAGAUAAAUGCAGCCGACUUAUUGUUUCUGCAUCUGGAAUAUUCUUUAUGAUCUGCGUGGUGAUCGCCGCCGUGUUUGGGAUCGUCAUUUACAGGGUGGUGACCGUCAGCACUUUCGCUGCCUUUAAGUGGGCGUUAAUCAGGAAUAAUUCUCAGGUUGCAACCACAGGGACUGCCGUGUGCAUCAAUUUCUGCAUCAUCAUGCUGCUGAACGUGCUCUAUGAAAAAGUUGCACUGCUUCUGACAAAUUUAGAACAGCCUCGCACUGAGUCCGAGUGGGAGAACAGCUUCACCCUGAAAAUGUUUCUUUUUCAGUUUGUCAAUCUGAACAGCUCCACGUUUUACAUCGCAUUCUUCCUCGGAAGAUUCACAGGACACCCAGGUGCCUACUUGAGGCUGAUAAACAGGUGGAGACUAGAAGAGUGCCACCCUAGUGGAUGCCUUAUUGAUCUCUGUAUGCAAAUGGGUAUUAUAAUGGUGCUAAAGCAGACCUGGAAUAAUUUCAUGGAACUUGGCUACCCGUUAAUUCAGAAUUGGUGGACUAGAAGGAAAGUGCGACAAGAACGUGGACCUGAAAGGAAACUAAGUUUCCCACAGUGGGAAAAGGACUACAACCUUCAGCCGAUGAACGCCUACGGACUUUUCGACGAAUACUUAGAAAUGAUUCUCCAGUUUGGAUUCACAACUAUCUUUGUGGCAGCUUUUCCCCUAGCACCACUUCUGGCCUUACUGAAUAAUAUAAUUGAAAUUCGACUUGACGCUUAUAAAUUUGUCACACAGUGGAGGCGACCUUUAGCUUCAAGGGCCAAAGACAUAGGAAUUUGGUAUGGAAUUCUUGAAGGCAUUGGAAUUCUCUCUGUUAUUACAAAUGCAUUUGUCAUAGCGAUCACAUCUGACUUUAUCCCUCGCUUGGUGUACGCUUAUAAGUAUGGACCUUGUGCAGGCCAAGGAGAAGCUGGGCAAAAGUGCAUGGUUGGCUAUGUGAACGCCAGCUUGUCUGUAUUCCUAAUUUCUGACUUUGAGAACCGAUCUGAGCCUGAGUCUGAUGGCAGUGAGUUCUCGGGGACUCCUCUCAAGUACUGUAGAUACCGAGACUACCGUGACCCUCCUCAUUCACUGGUGCCCUACGGCUACACACUGCAGUUCUGGCAUGUCUUAGCAGCCCGACUGGCUUUUAUCAUUGUGUUCGAGCACCUCGUGUUUUGUAUAAAACACCUCAUUUCAUAUCUGAUCCCAGACCUCCCAAAAGAUCUAAGGGAUCGAAUGAGAAGAGAGAAGUACUUGAUUCAGGAGAUGAUGUAUGAAGCAGAACUGGAGCGUCUUCAGAAGGAACGAAAAGAGAGGAAGAAAAAUGGAAAAGCACACCACAAUGAGUGGCCGUGA